CAAGAGCAUAUUCGUUUCAGCGGUCAGUCACGUGAAAUAACACCAUACAAAGAUGGCGGAAAAGAGCUUUUUGGUCGCAGUGAAGAAAUUCACGAAAAAUUUCAACGUUCUGUCCGCUAAAUCCGCCAAAGUAUCUCCUGGCUAUCGCAUCUUGGGUUUGGUAGACUGUAAUGGCUGUCUUCGGCUACGAAACGUGUCUAAGGAGAGAGAGGCUAAGAUCUCUCAAGUCAAGAGUUUUGGUUGGAGCACGUUGAGAGAGGCCAUAGAUUCACAAGUGGAAAAGAAUGUCGAGAAUAGCCCUGAAGACUUUCUUCUCUCUGUGAAUAUGGACAAUAGUAUUGAGAUUUACUCAGUAAAGACUUCAAGUGAUGACUCACAUGAGCUAAAUGUGAAGUGUGAUGUCAGUUCCUCCACUGAUAUGCUGAAAGGGUUACUAAGAGACAGAGGGAAAGACUGUGAGAUUGAGGAUAUAUCAUUGGUUACCAUAACAACUAACUCAACUCAGGGAAACCAUUUGGUGACUCUUCUUGUCAAUCAAAAGUUCAUUAUGGUGGUGUUAAUUAACAAGACGCAGUCAGCUAAGAUCCAGUCAUGUUUUGCUGUCAACGAUUCCUCUACCUUGCCUGUCCUUGUGCCGGUCUCGUCACUUGUGCAAGUCAAGAUCGUCCAGUCGGUGGUGUUCGGUUUAUUCUCGUCUGGAAUGACCAUUAUUCAUAAUAUUGAAGGACAGUAUCUGGGCUAUGUGGAUAUCAACUCUUUUCACAGUAUUGACAAAGAAAGCCCGAAUGAAGCCCAGACAAACAACAAGCAGUUUCUCCACCUGGAUAUCACACCAAACCUUACUCUUCUUGUAGCUUCUGACAACCACAACAACCUUUACACAAUCAAUCUAGAUGACUACUUCAAGCACCACCCUGAACAUCUACACCAUAAAAGCCACAUGAAUGACUCCAAUAAGAAAAGGAUGCUGCUUAAAUACGAGACGGAGGAUGAGGAUAUGUUGUUGCGUGAUGCUAGAACAAGUGAUGUGACGUAUGGUGACCGGGUGUGGAAGACAGAAUAUGUUAGCAUUAGAGACAAUGUUUCUAGGAUUGACACUUUAACAGGUCCUUUUGGAGAGGCUGUGUGCCCCACAAACCCACUUAAGGGCCGACGUUGGUUUCAGGAAUUCAAGGACCCUCCAAGUGGCACCAUUAACCACCCAGAGCCAAAUCCCCCAGUCUCCAAACCACGGAUGAGUGGGUUCCUCUUGAAGUCAAGGAAGUCCAGCCGGAGUGUCACCUCAAGCUCAGAGAGCUCUGCUUCUUUAAGGAGUAUGAAAGAGAACCUUGGAUGUGGUGUGCUUAACCUGGAAUCAAAAUCUACCUUCAUAGCUGCUGAACCUUGGGUUAAGUCAAUGACCAUCAGGGGACUGUUUGCAUCCUCUGACUCGUUGCUAGUAUGGCUAGUGCCGAUGGCUGAUGAGGUGCCGCUGACAGGAUUCGAGUUCCCACAUGGAUUAGUGUCACUCUUUGGAUAUCAAGGGCAGGAGAUGUCAGACAGGCUGAUGUUCCUGGAGCCCAUGAUGCUUGUGGAGAACUGCUCCUCUCUGCAGCCAUUAGCUUUCCUCUCACGCAGUGUGCUAUCCAUCCCUUCUUUUGGCAUCAAUCAGAACCAACUUGUUCAUCAGGUCAUCAUGUAUGAGAAUGCUGCGCUUGCAGAGUUAGUGUGUCACAUUAACCACUGGGACAACUGUGUCAUUCCGCUAGAGGCUUUACAAGUCUCUCUCAAACACAGGCAGCUUGACACAGUCGCAUUCUUCCUCAAGAACCAGGAAAAUGUUUUCACUCGAAGCACCAGUCCCCCUCUUCCAUCUCCUAGCGCUUCACUCUCUCCCCAGUCCACCUCGUCGAGUCCUGGAGGAAAGUGUGUCCCUGUUGCCAUGGAUACUAGUCAAACUCAAGCCAUUGUCAACACUCUCGUCAACUCUGUAAAAAAGAACGCUUUGCAGCAACACAACUUACACUUCACUAGCCAGCUCCUGCAGAUGACGUUACGCUUCCUUCAUUGCCUAAUGCAAGACGGGUCCCGGUACCUCAACAAGCUGCAAGUUGAGGAGGUGACUCCGCUCUCAGGGCCUGGAGCGAGUGACAAGGCGGCAGCGAGAGACCAUAGGAAGCCCGUCAACGUUGCCGUGGUAGAGGAGACGAUGGUGUAUAUUAGCAGGUGUAUCGUAGAGAUGCGCAAAUUCCUAAUGAACAUCCCUGAUGAUUCGAUAAAGCAGGCUGACCCACGUCUCAAGCAGGUGGCCUUUCUAGACACUGAUGUUGAGCAAGAAGAUCCACUGUUUUCGCGUUGGACAGACAUGAAGUGCAAGGAUGUGGUCCUUGAUGCUGUUAUUGGUGGUCACAUCAGCAAAGCGCAGACGUUCUUCAUGAACAAUGCUAAUAUAAAGGAGCCGGAGUGUGAUGGCUCGCUAUCGAGUUUCACCGCCAUGGCGCUCAACUUGGUGCUCAGAGCAUUAGUAGCAGAAGAUCUGGACACAGCGGUCACGAUUCUAACUAACAUUGGUCGUGAUAGGACGGUACAGCUACGAUCUAUUUGCUUCAACACGCUGCACAGACCGCUCAGGGAUUUACUGGUGAAAGAACUCGUCGCUGAAGGGAACUUUUCUGACGAGGAAUUAAACAUGGUCAAGUUUAUUCACGCGCUUGAGGCGCUCUACAACCAACAGAACUUGACUGUCGCUAAGGACUUGUCAACUUACAGCACAAGCUGGACUGAUCCACCGUUGAUAAGGAAUUCAUUCAAUGUGAGAUCCCGACAGAUCCUAGAAUCACACAUUCAGACUGGCAACCUUCUACCCGAACACUUCUAUAAGGUGACAUCAAGUCGAGGCUACUCGGAGUCCUUACUAGAGUGGAUUCGAACUUGGGACCAGGAGGCACGUCAGCGUAUUUUGUUAGAGCGCAUGCUCAGUGAUCAAGACUCCUCGAGCACCAAUCUCCCGAUAUCUGCCAGAGCAAUAUGGAACUACUUCUGCUCGCGAUGUGAUUGGUUAACUCUGAGGGAUUGGGUGCAAGCCACGUCCUGGCAGUUACGUGAUCCGACAGGGCCACGUGAUAUGACAGAGUCACGUGUUCGAAUCGGCGAUGCGCUGAAAGUGACGAAUAGAGGACUGGUACUCCCCUCGUUGUCACGUGAUGUGUACAGUAAUUUCCCAGUUUGCCUUUCGCUCAUGAAGGAGUUUGUCGUCGACGAACUCACGAGACAAGGCAUGUUCUCGUCGGAGCAGUUGUCCAACUUCGACCUCCUCACAAGUCACCUCGGUCGCACCUCUCUCCUGUUUACGCAUCCACACCCCUUCAGCGAGGGCACCGUCCCAUCCUACCCUAGGGGCACGCCCUCUCCAGGCAUGCAGAUCAUGAGUUUGAGGGAGUUUCAUGGCCGCUUCAUCGCCUACUGUGCGGAGAAGGAGCUCAUUAACGUGCUUUACUACUAUCUGGACUUUUACAAGCUUGCCGAGACCGAAGAGGAUGUGAGGCAGCUUGGGCUGCAUGGUACUAAGCCAGACUGGCUAAACACAAUGAUCCACUUCAGACUAGCAGCAAGACACACUCACGACUUGUCCAGCGUAUAUUAUGCCAGCUUGUCCAACGCUCGAUGUGUCCUGAACACGGAAGCUCCCACUGUUAGCGACAUGUUGAAGGCUGGUUGUACCGUCAUGGCUCUUGCUACCCUUGUAUACGCACCGCAGAACAUAACACAGACCAUCAUCCCUGCAGGCUCGGACCCAGUCCAUCCCGAGUGGCAAGUCGAAGACACCUUACUGCGCAAGUCACUGACGUCACACCCCAAACUUCUCUCCGCACUCUUCCCCGUGGUGACAAGCGGUGGGAUGGAACUGCAAGAUGUCACUGUCUAUCAGCUCUUGCAGGGUAACUCCCCUUUCGAUGUGUCCCGGAUGUUUGGAUGGCAGCAAACCAACGAGCUCGCAGUCAAAGCAGACAUGGCUUGCGAGAUGCCACAUUUCUCGCUGGCUCCUCUCGUCUCGCAGUACGCACACGUCGAGACUUUGACCUUCUCCUACUAUCUGCGCCAUGGUCGGCCGUCUUUUGCCUUCGCGGCGUUCAUUGGCGCCUACCUCAAAGAGCGCUCUAUUCCGCGUGUAAGAAUCACAAGCGCCGCAAAGAAAGCAUAUAGAGUUGCUAUCCAGCAAUUCAACGAGCACCAGGUCUCCUCGGCCUGUGUAGCCUUUACUGAAAUGCUUGGUGUGGACAGUGCAUGCGUGCGGAUAGAUCUGCAGGCAGCCAAUAGGAUUUUGGCUUACGCCGGGCGCGAGGGAAUCAUGGAAAGCGAGUGCCCAGAAGGGGGUACACUUAAGGACCGCAUAGUGUCUGAGCUGAUAACCUGCGCUGGAAGGAGUAGCAGCCGUCAGCCGGUCACAUUACUGAGGGCCCUUGAGGAAGCCACUUAUAACCUCAUCAGCAGAGAGUGCAUUGAACGAACGUCCCACGAGGCCAGUCAACUCUGGCUACUGGUCGUUCUCUUCUGUCGUGUUCACAAGCUUGACCUGAGUACCGCGUUCCUCGUUGACUGCGCCAAGAUGGACAAGUGGCUACAGUUUGCCUGCUUCGCUCAGCUCUGCCAGUACCCCAAACACCAGGUACUGGACGUGGUGGGUCACCAUUUCAGUAACAGACAUUACCGAGAGCACCUGCUCCUAGCAUUUGACAACGUGCAGGUCAUCCAAGUGGAGGGGACUGGGGACACGUCGCGUAAACGGGGCUCAAAGAAGAGCCGCCGGGACGACUUAGCAGCGCCGAGAAACGUGCGUGCGCAAUUCUACUCACGAAUGGGAUUAAAAGUUCCCGUAGCUGAGGAUGAUGACGUCAGAGCCAAGAGCAAGCCAAAGAGCACUAGCGACCAGGGCUCUAGCAGUGCCACCGAAGGCGCAGUCACGUCUGAACCGGAGAGGCCUGGGACGAGCUGUAAAACCGAGAGGCACGAGCGUCCCAUAGACCCAAACACCGUGUCUGAUCACUUGCUUGAUGUGCUGUUCGAAUGCCAGUCUGCGCAUGUGCCGUGGAGAGCGCUGCUGGCUCACUCCAUCGCUCUACGCAGACCCGUGUUAGCCGUUCUCGCUGCAUGUCACGAGGACGCGAAAUCAUUGGACUGCCUGUGUGUUUGGUUGCACGCGUCCCUGGACCCGAGUGUGUUGGAUAGUUUUACCGAAAGUACUGAGGAUAUUGAAUGGCGACGGUGGAGUCUAGAUCACUUGUCUAACAUCAUCAUCGCCAUCGUAUCGCAUCGUGAGAAAUAUGCGGCUACUCUUGCCAAGGCUGUCUACAUGUUUGAUCCGAAAAGCCCUCUGCUUUACUUCGCGCGGUUCAUCGAGUCCUUUGUGGUACGUUCUGACUACGAAGACUGUUUUACACAGCUCGACCUGUUCAAGAAGACUUACCUCAAGUUAUUGUCAACGAAGACUCCCAGGUCAUCCGGCGGCACGUGCGAUGUCACGUGGCUGGAAGGCGUGACAAGCCAGGUUACCCAGCAUAUGCUACGUCAGUGUGUGACGUCAUACACUCAGGCGCACUUGCUCGGACUUCUCGCCAAGACCAUGUUCGGUCGAAACUUCUCCUGUUACGUCCCGCGCUAUUACACGUUAAACCAGAUCUGCAAGAUCACACGCGAGACCGACGUCAAGAUCGACUUCUCUGCAUUACUCCACGAGGACAGCAAGCCAGCAGAGAACGAGAAGUACCGAGUGCUUCAAGAGCUACUCAGACACAACCACUUCAGCCAGGCGCGGGAAUACGCCAAGCUGUUGGACCUGCCUGCGGAUGACGUCACCCUGAAUGAGGUACUACACGAGAAGAAAAGUAUCGAGAACUCCGUGCUAUGGGAUAUAAGCCAGGGGCGACUCGCGUUCUGGCACAAGGCCAACCAGUGCUUCACUGAUAACAGAUGCAGCCCGCAAGUCGCCGGCGCCUUCUUUGAGAGUCAGGCAGACGACCCAGACCUGUCGUACAAGGAAAAGUCUAGAUUACUAUCCAUGGCUCUCAAUUGGUACUCGAGCAAGGAUGAGCCCGCGGAUCAGACGGUGACAGCGGAGCUUGAGCGGCAGAUCUGGCUCUGCUGCAUCAAGGCAGAGAUCGAGAAAACUAAGGAGGCGAGACUAAACCGGUCCAUCAGCCACCUGGAGUUCCUCCCAGAGACUUCCGAGUGGAGCCUGGAACUACCCAAGGUGCAACGCGCGGGGAGCCUGAUAGAGGCGGAGCCGAGCAUGACGAACGAGUUGAUUCAGCCGGAAACCGUGGAGUGCAGCACAGACAUGGCGAACCUGCUGCAGUCGGACGUGGAGUUUGUGGCGCUAGAAAGGGUCAUCUGUCAACUGCUGGAGAGAUGUCACGUGACCCAGUGCAGGCGCUUGGCCGCGCAGUUUGGGCACAAGUCUCAAGAUCUGGACGUCGUUGUUGCGUGCAUUCACCUUGCGCAAGGGACACGGUUCUCGGACACUCUCGACGAAUCAAUCCGGCAACUUCUUACAAGGAAACCUCACAGGCGGAUCAGCACUACUUCUAGAGACGGUCUCCGGCGCAGCGGCAGUUUCGUGCUAGGGACCAGUCUCAAGGACGGGAAUCGAAGCAUGGCGGAUGACUCGAUCUCGGUGGACUGGGUCCAAGUGGAAGACACAAUCACGACAAUGGAGGCGCUUGUGUACUACUGUCAGUCUGGCAAGCGGUGUUGUGCAAGAAUCAUCACGUGUUACAAGAUCUCCCAGACCCUGGGCUUGGAGUACGAGAGAGUGGUGGCGGACAAGCCGUUUAACGUGCUCCAUUCACUGCUUGUCUCAGGUUUUGAUACGCGCUAUAAGCUUGCCGAAAACUACAUCAAAGCCUUUGAACUCAGCGCACAGGAGGUUGUAGGAUUCCUCAAUGAUAUUAUCCUGCAUUCACUACGUGUGUACACAGGAGAGGAGCUUUCCGGUAGCAGUGAUGACCUCAUCUUCAACGCGGCUCCUUCCUGUGAUGACGUCACUCAGGUCAUUCGGCUCUGCUCCGAUCAGGCGUUACUUGGCAACCGUCUCUUGGACACGGCUGUCGACCAUGCAAACGACCGCGAAGAGGCUGGGUCACGUGACAACAAAGGGCUCAGCCUCGAAGUCGAGCUACUCGUGCGCGCACAUGAGUGUCACACCAUGGCCUGUAACAUGGAAGGUAUAUCACGCGUGCUCAAGUGCGGGAGACAGCUGACCACUGCUUUAGCAGACGCUGAGGAAUACAGACUUAUGGUACGCUUGCUGACAGGCGUGGGUAGAUUCAGGGAGAUGUCGUACAUUUUUGACACACUCAUCCAGCACCUUCACUUUGAGCUGCUCGUCCAGACAGGCAUUGAUAAGGAGAACAAGCUUAAGGUGGCGCUACUAGAAUACCUCAAGAGAUGUCACCCUGACGACGCGGAAAAGUACACCAUGGUUGCUAUGCACUUUAACAUGUUCCGCGAGAUCGCCGAGACAUGGGAGAAAUCCGCCCAGACUCAGUUAUAUGAACUCAGAAAUCAACAGAUAGUACUCAAGCCCGAGCUUCAAGCCAAGCUCAACAGCACCAUGCGCUUCUUCUGCUAUGCUGCCGACUACUACUCCAAGGAAGGGUGUUCCCGCCACUCACAGAAGUGCCUCAAUCACGCACGCCUUGUCCAGCUACAAGUCCAUCUUCUACCAUCUGGCGUGCGCGUCAUUAACCUGGAGGGCGACGAGGCCGCUUUGAAGAAGUUCCUCAAGCAACACACGCACUUUUUUGAGGCUCUUCUAGUAGCGGACGCGUACGAUAAGCGGGGGCCUGGUAUUUGGGUGGAUUCCGUAUACAGUCACGUGGUUUUAGCGGGGGACUUCAAGUAUUGGCAGGAUCUCAAGUCAGUGAUGGCGCCAUCUAGCCUGCUCUUCGUCGACGUCGCCAACAAGUACAAGAAUGACAGUCCACGGUCCUCUCAAGCGAUGGCCAACAUGAAAAAACUCUUGGGCCAUCUACCAGAACUGCGCGUCCGCUAUAGAAUCGCCGUAGACCUCGGCUUCCGGGAUAUGUCAGCCAACAUACUAGACAGUGACGGGGGCGCUUACUUACGUGACGUUAUGAUCUCUUGAUUGAUAUGUGAUCGGUGUGGUCACGACAUGUAGGUCACCAUAAUGGACAGUCACGGAAGCGCUAAUCAAUGGUUAGGGUGGCAGAACAUUUUCAUUCGCCAUACCGCGUAUUGCAGGGGUUGGGGUGGGGGUGAGAUAAUUAGCCAGCGGCGUUAAACAAUGAAUAAAUGACAGUCUGCAAACAGGCGCGCCACCAACAAACACAUAGUAAUACAACAUGCGUUUGAUAUUGAUGUGGACAAUUAAUUCUUCAGGAGCAGGAGAAGACAAAACCAUAAUGCAUCCCUUUCAAGGAUACAUUUGAAACACAGUGAUAUUGUUUGAAGAUAUUCAAAAGAACAAUUCAUAUUCACAAUAAUUCAUAUUUAAUACAAAUACAAUAGAAAAUAUAUAAGUGAAAUAUUGUAAAUUCUCUGUUCCCUGGAGAUUUUGUAAAAAUAAAUAAUCUGUU